AUGGAAGCAUCACCAACAAUUCCUACCACUAUUACUUCUCAAACUACUUAUGAUACUACUACCCAAGAGAUCGUGACGGAGGAGGUACCAUCACAAAGUCUGGUUCCUCUUGUUGAUCAAGUAGAAGUAGGAGCUGAUGUUACUUUAAAUACGAACGAUGAAGAUGAAGCAGCAACUCCCGCCACUAUCACCACUCUUAAUGAUGAUGAUAUUACUAAUCAAGAGUAUGUGGAGGAGGUACCUGUAGAAAGUCGGAUUCCACCUGUUGAUGGAGGAGAAGUUGGAGUUGUUUUUGCUUUAAAUGAGAAUGAUGAAGAUGUGCAUGCCACCAUGGCAAGUACACUCCCCACAACUGUCAUCAUCCAAUCCAACCACAACCGUAGAUACUUGCGCUUGGAUGGUGGAUAUCAAGAGUUAAAUAAUGCCCUCCGGUGCGAAGGAGAUUACAGUUUCGGCAUCGAGACCAGGUUUGAGCUGGUGCCAUCUACCACUGCAACUGGACUCUUCCAUAUCCGGUCUUUGUAUAAUAACAAGUACUGGCAAACUACCAGCGGGACCAACGGAUGGACCAUUCCCGGGGCCACCGAACCCGAGGAGGAUCGGUCCAGCGUUCGUUGCACACUCUUCCAGCCUGUUUUCACGGUUUCCAACAGCAAUCGCAUCGUUAGGCUCCGCCAUGUCAACACCGGAAUCUACGUUAGGAGGUUCCAUGGAACUUCCUCAGGCAAUUAUGUUGGUGUCUUGACUGUACGGCCUAAAAAUCAACCCACCGACAAGACUGAUGAGUUCACCUUGCUUGAUUCGAAAACUGUCGUGGUGCUGCCUGACCUUAUCAGGAUCAAGAGCCUAGAUAACGAAAACCACCUCUAUGCUCGUUCGGAUGCUUAUUUGGACUUCACAGACAUAGCCAAUAAUUCCUCUGCGUACGACUACGAAGUGUUUCCGAGUCGCAAUGGAGGUGUCCGCCUGAAGAGUGUCCUCCGUGGCACUUACUGGACGGAGGAGAGUGAGAAGUAUAUAAGGUUAAGGCAGGCUUCGACUACUAUACAUGACACCAACACCGUCUUUAUACCCACAGUACUUUCGGGCGACCGUGUACUCCUUCGAAGUUUGAGGAGCAACAAUCUUUGCAAAAGAUACUCGAGGAAUAACAGGCCUCAGUGGCGUAGUCGACUCAGUGCACGUGCCAGUUAUCCUGACCAGGCCUGUUACAUGGAGAUUGAGGAGCCCGUUGAUUCAAGGACGAUCUCUAAUGUCAGAUAUCGCCUUUCUGAUGCAAGGAUCUACAAUGAGAGAACUACUGGACUUGUCACUGAUGAAACUGUUAACAGACUUGAUGUUCCCGUCCAAUCAGAAUUGAAUCUCACAGAAACAGUAACCAAUACAACUAAUUGGAGCAGAAGUGUCACUUUGACAAUCGGUGUCACAAUUAGCGGUUCUGCUGGUGUCCCGUUCGUAUCUGGUGGUAGUUUCGAGAUCUCCACUGAGGUCGCCAAUUCUUGGGAUUGGGGAGAAACCAAGGAAGAAAGCCAGCAAGUUGGGUCUGUGCGAAGUGUCGAUGUACCACCUAUGACUAGAGUUAGGGGGACUCUGAUGGCAACACGGCUUUCGUACGACAUACCCUUCUCGUACACUCAGACUGAUGUCUUGAAAAAUGGGAAAACUGUAGUUCACCUAAAGGAUGAUGGCCUUUUUACUGGCCACAAUGGCUACGGCUAUUACUACGAGAUUGUCCCGCUUCCUCUGGGCUAA